AGAGAGAGAAGUGGAGGAGAUGACAAGCAAAGACGAAGCAAAGAGAACGCGAGCUGCAAUCCGAUGCGCCAAAGCAGCAAUGUUUCUGUAUACGCUGGCGUCUUCACGCAAGCAGGCGGCCACCAUGGGCGCCGAUGAAGAGGAGAAAGUGGAGAUGCAGAGAGAAAUGGGGGAUCUGAGGAGAAGGCUAGCAAGGGAGAAAGCAGGGAGGGAGAGGAUGAGGUUAUGCGGACUGAUGGAGCUGCUUCUUGUUGUCACCUUGAUUCUGUUGAUUUCCACCUUCCUUCUGAUCCUCUUUCUCUCGUCUAUCCCUUUCUGAUCCACAAAUU